AUCAAACACCGCGGCAAGCGUCAUCAUAUUAUUGCGGAAGUACCAGACUGCACCGUGACUCUCGGCUAUUUUUGUUUUGGUUUCUAAGACGCUAGUGUCACUGUGCACGGAACUUGCAUUAAGUUUCCCAUAUUGAAACGCAAUGGCAGCUCUUAAGUACGCUGGUAUGGACGAUACUGACAGCGACGAUGAGUUACCUCCUGGAUGGGAGGAAAGAUCAACGAAAGAUGGAUGGGUCUACUAUGCAAACCACGAUGAGAUGAGGACACAGUGGGAACACCCCAAGACUGGAAAGAAGAAACGUUGUGCUGGAGAUUUGCCAUAUGGCUGGGAGCAAAACACCAAUGAACAUGGUCAAAUUGUUUACGUUGACCACAUCAAUAAGCGAAGCACUCAUUUCGACCCCCGCCAAGUGUUUACUGUGGAGGAUGUGACGGUGAAGCCAAAACGCUAUGAUGGCAACUCUGCGGCUUUGGAGAUCCUUCAAGGUCGGGAUCUGUCCGACAAGGUGGCCCUGAUAACUGGCGGCAACUCAGGCAUUGGCUUUGAGACAGCCAGGUCUUUUGCACUGCAUGGCGCCCGUGUUAUCCUGGCCUGCCGAAACCUUUCCCGGGCCAACAAGGCCAUCAGCGCCAUACAGGAGGAUUGGCACAAAGCCCAAGUGGAAGCCAUGAUGUGCGACCUGGCCUCUUUCCGCAGUGUCAGGGAGUUUGCAGACUCCUUUAAAGCCAAAAAGCUGCCCUUGCACAUUCUGGUGUGCAAUGCAGCGGUGAGCACUCAGCCUUGGACUUUGACCGAGGACGGCCUGGAGUCCACUUUUCAGAUCUGCCAUCUGGGUCACUUCCUGCUGGUCCAGUGCCUGCAGGACGUGUUGCGUUGCUCGGCGCCCGCCCGUGUGGUGGUGGUAUCGUCAGAGUCCCACAGGUUCACAGACUUGUUAGACUCAUGCGGUAAGGUGGAUCUGGCGCGGUUGUCGCCCCCGCGGAAGGAGUACUGGUCCAUGUUGGCCUACAACCGCGCCAAGCUGUGCAACAUCCUGUUCAGCAAUGAGCUGCACCGCCGCCUUUCUCCGCACGGGGUGUCGUCCAACGCCUUGCACCCUGGCAACAUGAUGUACACGGCCAUUCACAAGAGCUGGUGGCUCAUGACCUUCCUCUUCACCCUGGUCAGACCGUUCACCAAGUCGCUGCAACAAGGCGCCGCCACCAGCGUGUACUGCGCCGUGGCUCCCGAGCUGGAGGGCCUGGGAGGAAUGUACUUCAACAACUGCUUCCGCUGCGAGCCCUCCACCCAAGCCCAGGACCCGGAUGCCGCUGCAAGCCUGUGGGAGCUGAGCGAGCGCCUGGUGGCGCAGGGCGAGACCAUUGCCCAGGUCCGGACCCUCUGAGGUUCAGAGAGCCACGCUCGGUGUGGGGAAGCCUCAUUGACUGUGUUGUUUGAUAGAGCUGCCAAAGGCAGACUGUGUGUUUGGGCACGGCACUUCACAAUGGGGUGAGAAAGCAUGGGGAUGAAGUCAGAUACACUACUUGAUGGGAAGGGGAACAAUUUACACUUGGGUUCUGGUCCUUUUUUUCUUGAUUUUUCUCCCUGUUAAGAACAAUCUUCUGUGAAAGUAAAUGUUCAUUAAUAGAAAUUCUCUCUGUAGUUUGUCUGUUUGAUUCCAGCAAUAGUGUGACAAAUAGUUGUAGUAGUCGUAGUAAUAUUAGGGCCACACUGAAAAGAAAAAAUGAGAAGGGGAUAUGGUGGCCAAAAAAAAUCUUGCCUUUUACUUUAUUUACAAGAAAAAUAAGAAUCAGAAUGUUUACGAAGUAUGUGAUUUUAUGAAAGUAGUUAUAUUGCUGCAAGAAAAAAAAACAAGGUAGGUUUAUAGUUUUUCAAAAUAAAAAAAACAACAGUUAAUCGGGAAAAAGUACACUAACGCUAGUCAAAUUUAAAGACAAAGUCAUUUUACAAGAACAAGGUCAUACUUUUAAAACUGUAAAGUGCAAUAUUACCAGUUUAAAUGUAAUUUUUAGAUUAAAGUGAUGGUUUUGCAAAAAAAAAGUCUGAUUUGUAAAAGUUUGAAUAUUGUAAUA